UUAUUUACAGGUAAUUUUUCAAAAGAAACUUGUCAAACUCCAGCAUUAUUGAUAAUGAUUCAACAAGUCUAUGGAAACGCGGGUUGAUACUUAAAGCUCUUUUACAUAAAAAGUACUCGAGAGUAUUUAAGUAAAUGGCCCAAAACAAUUAAAAGCAAAAAACAAUUAAAAAUACGUUUCAGAGUGAAGAAGAGAGAGAGGGAGAGAGGAGGAACCAGUAGAAACUGUAAAAUAACAAAAAAGCCAACAAAUGUCAAGGCAUCACAUAUACGGACACAAAAUUACAACAAGAAUAGCAAUAAUAACAAAAACAACAACUACAAAUGACGAGGUAGAAAGUCCCUAACAAAAAAAGGAAAAAAAUUAACUUAAAAUACUGCAAACAGCAGCAAUAGAGAAGCUGUAAUAAAGAAGUCAUAAAAAGAAGGGACAACAAUAACAAGACAUUUAAAAAAAGGACACAUAAUCAAGCCAAAGGCAUAAAAGCACAAAAACAACAGUAAAUUACAAAAAAUAAGAGAGAAAAGGAAACACAAACACUUCUAUACAUAUCGCAAUUUAGAAAUAAACAAGAUAAACGGAAAAGAGAGAGUGAUAGAGAACGAGAGUCAACGGAAAAAGGAAACAGUUUAAUACAUUGUGUAAUAACAAAACAUAAAUACAACAAUAACAAUGGAAUUGCUUUUAAAGCUUUAAGAGAAAAAAAAAACAAAACAAAUUAUUAUUGUGUUAAAUAAAAUUUAAACUAAAAAGGAAAACAUUACACACUCAUACUGCUACUUAAACACACCCUAACAUAUCCUGCUUCCGGUUUAAGUUGAUAAGAAAAAAAAAAACCUUACAAAACAAUAAAAGCUGCCAACUGCAAUUAAAAGUCCUACCAACACACACACAACGACAUGUCACAAAUUAGUUCCAGCUAAAAAAAAAAAACAAAAACAAAAACAAAUUCAUUAAACAAGACAAACUUUUUCUCUCUACAAAACCAAAAACUUUUCUAAUCCUUUUUCCACAACACACUUCCAACAUAUAGAAAAAUAAAAACUCCUAACAAGAUGGCUUUCAUAUGGCGUCGUCGCUCCACUUCAAUAGUGAAAAUUAUUGCUGUUUUAACAGCCAUAUGGUUCUUUGUUGCCUUCUUCAUCUAUACCGAUGACACACGACGCGAAACCGCCAGCAAUAAAUGGAGUGCCAUGUCUCAGCAGCUAAAAAGUUUAGCUGCUGGUGGAUCUGGUAAUGCUAACAAUCAAAUCGAUAAUUUUGAACGUGAUGGUGCCGGGGUAUUUGAGGCAGGCGGUGGUUUUGGUGUCGGUAAUAAUGUGGUCUUAGAACGCAACAAUAAUGCUCAACAUGGUGGAGGUGGUGGUAAUGAAAUCGAUGAUGAUGAUGAUGAUAAUAAUGAUGCUAAUGGCGAAGGGGUGGCUGCCGAUGUUCCUAUUGCUCAGCCGGAUGAACCGAAUAAUGCGGGGGAUGGUGGAGAUGCUGGAGAUAUUGAUGACAAUGCUGACAUCAACGAAGGUGAUGAGUCGAUAUUGAAUAAUGUUGUUGUACAUCCCAACGAUAAAUAUCGCGGCAAAAAAGGCAACAGUAAUGAGAAAUCACAUCAGGCGGUCGAUGAUGGUAAGUCUAGAACUAAAAAUGUUAAAGGAUUUAUUAUAAAUAUUUACUUUACUUUGAAAAUAUACAGAAGAUACUGAUCACUAAAGAUCAAGAUUUUUAAUAGAGAACAGACUUAUCCCUAAUGCUUCAGCUAUUCUACAGAGAAUACACUGAAGCUAAAGUUUCACCUAUUAUAUACAUAAUAUAGAAUAGGGAGCUAAAGCUCCCUGAAGAGAAUAUACUGAUCGCUAAAGCUCCAGCUAUUCUAAAGAGAAUGGACUGAUCGCUAAAGCUUCAGCUAUUUUAAAGAGAAUAGACUGACCAUUUAAGCUCCUGUUAUUUAAUAUCGAAUAUACUGAUCGCUGAUACUGAUUGGGCAGAUCGCUAAAGCUUCAGCUAUUCUACAGAGAAUACACUGAAGCUAAAGUUUCACCUAUUAUAUACAUAAUAUAGAAUAGGGAGCUAAAGCUCCCUGAAGAGAAUAGACUGGUUGCUAAAGCUCCUGCUAUUCUAUAUAUAUAAUAGAGUGAUCGCUAAAGUUCCUGCUAUUCUACAUAGAAUAGGCUGAUCGCUAAUGCUCCUGCUUGUCUAUAAAUAAUAGACUGAUCGCUAAAGCUGCUUAUAUAGUAUAGAAUGAUUCUAUAUAGAAUAGACUGAUAGCUAAAGCUCCUGCUAUUCUAUAUAGAAUAGACUGAUUGCUAAAGCUCCUGCUAUUCUAUAUAGAAUAGACUGAUCGCUAAAGCUCCUGCUAUUCUAUAUAGAAUAGACUGAUCGCUAAAGCUCCUGCUAUUCUAUAUAGAAUAGACUGAUCGCUAAAGCUCCUGCUAUUCUAUAUAGAAUAGACUGAUCGCUAAAGCUCCUGCUAUUCUAUAUAGAAUAGACUGAUCGCUAAAGCUCCUGCUAUUCUAUAUAGAAUAGACUGAUCGCUAAAGCUCCUGCUAUUCUAAAUAGAAUAGACUGAUCGCUAAAGCUCCUGCUAUUCUAUAUAGAAUAGACUGGUCGCCAAAGCUCCUGCUAUUCUAUAUAGAAUAGACUGAUCGCUAAAGCUCCUGCUGUUCUAUAUAGAAUAGACUGAUCGCUAAAGCUCCUGCUGUUCUAUAUAGAAUAGACUGAUCGCCAAAGCUCCUGCUGUUCUAUAAAGAAUAAAAUGAUCUCUAAAGCUUCUGCUAUUCUAUAUAGAAUAGACUGAUAGCUAAAGCUAAUGUUAUUCAAUAUACAAUAGACUGAUCGCUAAAGCUUCUGCUAUUCUAUAUACAGUAGACUGAUCGAUAAAUCUCCUGCUUUUCUAUGUAGAAUAGACGGAUUGUUAAAACUUCUGCUAAUCUAUAUAGAAUAGACUGAUUGCUAAAGCUUCUGCUAUUCUAUAGAGAACAAACUGAUCGCUAAAGCUUAAGAUAUUCUAUAGAGAAUGCACUAAUCGCUAGUGUAAUUUUUAUUCUAUAUAGAAUAGACUGAUCGCUAAAACUCCUACUGUUCUCUAAAGAAUAGACUGAUCGCUAAAACUCCUGUUAUUCUAAAUAGAAUAGUCUCGAUCGCUAAAGCUCUUGCUAUUCUUUAUUGAAUAGACUGGUCGUUGAAGCUCCUGCUAUUCUAUAUAGUUUAGAAUGAUCGCUAAAGCUUCUGCUAUUCUAAAUAGAAUAGACUGAUCGCUAAAGCUUCUGCUAUUCUAUAUAGAAUAAAUUGAUCGCUAAAGCUUCUGCUAUUAUUUAUAGAAUAGACUGAUCGCUAAAGCUCCUGCUAUUCUAUAUAGAAAAUGCUGAUCGCUAAUGUUUCACGAUUGCAUUAACUCCAGCUAUUCUAUAGAGAAUAUAUUAAUGAUGGCUUAAGAUCUAGAUUUUCUAUACAGAAUAUUGAAGAUCGAUAAAACUCGAUCGCUUUUAGUCCCUUUUAUUUCAUGUCACUCUGCCUUUAGUCGGCAAAAGAAACAAUGUUUUCAAGAAUAAACAGGAAAAAAACUACAUCUUUAAUCAGUUUUAAAAAAUCUAUUAUCUAUUUUAGGUUUGUUUUUUCAAACUCUUAUCAAUAAAUACGAUACAAGGUUGCAAAUAAGUUUUCCCACAAAAAAAGAGUCAGAAAAACACCCAAGACACGGCACGAAUAAUUUUAGUUUUUUUUUUUUUUUUUAAA